GGCACAGGCUGGGCCCAGAAGCCUCCCUAGCCUGGCACAGGGCAGACAGGUGGAAGAGAAGGGUCCUGCCCUGGAGACCCAGGGAUUUGGACUGGCUCGUCCUAAGGCAGGAGAUGGGAGAAGAUGAUACAUGGAAGGCCCAAGAGGCCCUGGGCACAGCUCCUCCUCCCAGACAGGCAACUGUCCCACACAAACACUCCUCCACAGCACCCUAGCCAGGAAAAAGGAGAAAUGGGCUGGGGCCAAUGUUAGCUGUCCCUACCCCAGGUCAUCCAAGGGCAAGGGGCCAGCUUCCAUCCUGCCACACCCCUGUCUCCAUUCCUUAUACCUGCGCACUAUGAUUACAUAACCUCCUCGUUGAUUUGCAUGUGUAGACCUACAGAUUAUUAAGCACUUUCUGUAUUUCAUGGGCUUACAUUCAUAAUCUCCCUUAGUUCUGACAACAAAAGUAUGAUUCCCAUUGUACAGAUAGGGAAACUCAGCCCACAGAGGCUGAAGUGCCCGUCACUAUUUGUUAGGAUAGGAAGGAACCUCAGGAAGGUCUGGUGGCCCCACUGACACUUUCACCCAUGUCUCAGGGAGGGAGGAGGGGCAUGGGCUAUCAACUUACCUUUGUGACUUCCUCUCAGAAACCUGUCCCUGGUCCCAGGAAGACCUGUCCUCCCCAGUGGUGGGGGUGGACCAGAGGACUAUCUGUCUACUUGUCCCCAUGGCCCUGACCCGCUGACCUCUCCCUUUCCACACAUUUCUUCAUGUUGGUUCAACAUUAACCUAGAGGGGUCAGGACAAUCCCUCAGAGUCCCAGGAGCUGACGCACUAUGGCGCACGUCCGAGGCCUGGGGCUAUCUGGCUGCCUGGCCCUGGCUGCCCUGGUUAUCCUUGUGCACAGCCAGGAUGUGUUCCUGGCCCCUCAGCAAGCACUGUCGCUGCUCCAGCGGGUCCGGCGGGCCAACAGUGGCUUCCUGGAGGAGCUGCGCAAGGGCAACCUGGAGCGGGAGUGCGUGGAGGAGCAGUGCAGCUACGAGGAGGCCUUCGAGGCCCUGGAGUCCACCAGCGCCACGGAUGUGUUCUGGGCCAAGUACACAGCUUGUGAGCCAGUGAGGAAACCUAGAGCCAACUUCAUGGAGUGUAUGGAAGGUAACUGUGCCAAGGAUCUGGGCAUGAACUACCGAGGACAUGUGAACGUCACCCGGUCAGGCAUUGAGUGUCAGCUGUGGAAGAGUCGCUACCCACAUAAACCUGACAUCAACUCCACCACCCAUCCUGGGGCUGAACUGCAGGAGAAUUUCUGCCGCAACCCGGACGGCAGCACCACAGGGCCCUGGUGCUAUACCACAGACCCCACGGUGCGGAGGGAAGAGUGCAGCGUCCCCGUUUGUGGUGAGGAGCGCUUCACUGUGGAGAUGACUCCCCGCUCUGGAGGCUCCAGGGGGAACCUGUCACCCUCAUCGGAGCAGUGUGUCCCUGAGCGAGGCCGGCAGUACGAAGGGAAACUGGCAGUGACAACGCACGGGUCUCCCUGCCUGUCCUGGUCCAGCCCGCAGGCCAAGGCCCUGAGCAAGGACCAGGAUUUUAGCCCAGAGGUGAAGCUGGUGGAAAACUUUUGCCGCAACCCAGAUGGGGAUGAGGAAGGUGCCUGGUGCUACGUGGCUGGGCAGGCUGGUGACUUUGAGUACUGCGACCUCAACUAUUGUGAGGAGGCCGUGGAAGAGGGGCCAGGGGAUGCACUGAGCGAGGAUGGGGACGGGACCAUAGGAGGACGCACCACCAAGGAGGAGUUCCAGACCUUCUUUGAUGAGAAGACCUUUGGCAGCGGGGAGGCAGACUGCGGGCUGCGGCCUCUGUUCGAGAAGAAGACAGUGAAGGACAAAACUGAAGAUGAGCUUUUGGAUUCUUAUAUCGAUGGGCGUAUCGUAGAGGGCUGGGACGCUGAAGUUGGCAUCGCACCUUGGCAGGUGAUGCUCUUCCGGAAGAGUCCCCAGGAGCUGUUGUGUGGGGCCAGCCUCAUCAGUGACCGCUGGGUCCUCACAGCUGCUCACUGCCUUCUGUACCCACCCUGGGACAAGAAUUUCACUGAGAAUGACCUUCUGGUGCGCAUUGGCAAGCACUCCCGCACCAGGUACGAGCGGAACGUUGAAAAGAUAUCCAUGCUGGAGAAGAUCUACAUCCACCCCAGGUACAACUGGCGGGAGAACCUGGACCGGGACAUCGCCCUGCUGAAGCUCAAGAAGCCCAUCACCUUCAGCGACCACAUUCACCCCGUAUGCUUGCCCGACAAGCAGACGGCAGCCAGCUUGCUCCAGGCUGGAUAUAAAGGGCGGGUCACAGGCUGGGGCAAUCUGAAGGAGACAUGGACGACCACCGUCAGUGAGGUGCAGCCCAGUGUCCUGCAGGUGGUCAAUCUGCCCAUCGUGGAGCGGCCCAUCUGCAAGGCCUCCACGCGGAUCCGCAUUACGGACAACAUGUUCUGCGCUGGUUAUAAACCAGAUGAAGGGAAGCGAGGAGAUGCUUGUGAAGGUGACAGUGGGGGACCCUUUGUCAUGAAGAGCCCCUUUAACAAUCGCUGGUAUCAAAUGGGCAUCGUCUCAUGGGGUGAAGGCUGUGACCGGAAUGGGAAAUAUGGCUUCUACACACACGUGUUCCGUCUGAAAAAGUGGAUACAGAAGGUCAUUGAUAGGUUUGGAUAAGGGGCCACUCACAUUCUGGGCUCCUCACUGCAAAGUGACAGAAACCAAUCCAGUGAAAGAAUUAUUUUUUUGGUUUGUUUCUAAAAGGAUAGUUCUCAA